AAAAAAAAUAAAAUAAAAUAUUAGAAAUACAGGGACGCCCAUCGGCAGCAGCUGCGAUAGGUGUGAUGUCGUUGAUCUGUACAGCCGCGUAAUCGGAUUAUUAAUUGAAUCAGGAUUCCACGACAGGAUCUCUGAAAUGUACAGGAGUGACAGGAUGUGACCAGGGCCAACAAAAAAGCCAAUUUGAAAGUCUUCAGUUGUGGACAGAAUGGAAGUUAAAUAAUCUACGCUUGGACAACAAAUGCCUCACGAGUAUAGCGGAUUGACUUCACGGCGGACAGUUUUCUUGAUGCUGAUAGCAUGAGUCGUCUGAUCCGACGACUCUCCAAUGCCUCCAUCACGUCCCUCACCUCCAUCGGGACCCCGGCCUCUCAUUCAAAUGGUCUUCCUGGGGUGGUGGGAUCGGUCGGACCCAUGGACGUCCCUGCCGACGCGGACCCUCAAGCGUGCCUGGAGGUCUUCUGCAGUCACUGGGCCCAGAUCAAAGGAAUAAUCGUCAAACAGAAUGCCAGCAGUUUCCCCCGCUCCAAGGCCACCUUCGACGACAUCCAGGCGGUGGCCAACUACGCCACCCAGAUGAUGUACCUGCUGGUGGAGGAGACGCAGCCGGCCGAGGGCACCAUGGGGCCCAUGCUGGAGCUGACCAUCGCCGAGCGGGUCAUGCAGCGGCUGGUGGCCUGGGGUCUGGCCUGCGGCGGCGAGCACGCCGAGGACAUGAAGCGGGAAGUGCUGCGCAUCUACGAGAUGAUGCUGGCCCAGGCCAAGCAGGCGGUGCUGAUGCACAACGAGCUGCUCAACCCGCUACUGUGCCUGCUGCUGGAGUGCUCGGAGCGCUGCUCGGAGCGGGUGGAACUGCAUCUGGUCCUGCUGCUGCACCAGCUGUGCGUCUCCUUGUCAAAGGACCCGAUGCUUCUGGAGUAUCUGUUCCAUGCCAGCCCCAGCCAGGGGCCUGCCAAGUUCCUGCUCUUCUCCCUCCUCAUCCCCUUCCUUCACCGGGACGGCAAGGUGGGUCAGACGGCCCGGGACGCCCUCCUGCUCUGCAUCUCUGUCUCCAGCCAGGGGGACAACAUCGCCCGGUACAUCACCGAGAGCACCAAUCUCUGUCCGGUUUUAGCGACAGGUCUUGGGGCGCUGUACUCGCGCCUGCCUCGCAAGCUGGACAUCAAGGUGGACCACUGGCACUGCCUGACCCGGGAAGACUGGACGGUCAUGCCAGAUCUCUGCAUGUUCCUGCACUCCCUGGAUUUCUGCAACGCAGUGGUCCAGGUGGCACAUCCGCUCGUCAGCACACAGCUUGUGCAGUACUUUCACGACGGGUUCCUGGUACCCGUCAUUGGUCCUGCUCUGCAUCAGCUAACAGCAUUCAACACAUAUUUUUUCUCGUCCGAUGGUGAGACAAUUGACGUAGACAAUCCGGCCCCGCAAGAUGAGAUCGUGGCCACCACGGCCUAUGUGAACCUCUUCGUCUCCAGCAUCACUGCCCCGCAGCUGAUGCGGGCGUUCCUGCACUACCUGUGCAUGGGGCAGCACGAGGGGCGCUUGGUGCUGGAUUCCCUGCUGACGAGGAUCAGCUCCAACUCCAGGUUAUGUCUAGUGACUUUGUCACUGUUCAACACCCUCGUCAAUCUCAACUGCGAAGACUUCAUGUUGGAGCUUAUCCUCAAGUACCUGGUUCCAUGCAACCACAUUAUGGUCAGCCAACGCAAAGCUAUCAAAGAAAUCGACCUGCAUAGCAAGUGGGCCGACAGGUUCUUGUCUCUCAGGCCGGCCUGUUGUAAGUCUGAUACCAAAGAUGCAGCCGCCUCUGGCCAAAAAACAGAGGACCCUGUGGCAAACACAAUGACCAGUGGGGUCAGGGACUCGCCAAACACUGGGCCACAGGUGACUCUGAGAUUGCCAAGCACAAGGCAACCUCCAUACACCAGGACUCAUAGUUGGAACCCUGGGAGUGGACGUAAAGAUGUCAGAGCACAGGGGGCAAUACACAAGCAGCAACAUCAUCCGAAUCCAGCCCCUAACCUUCCGCCGAUGGACCUGUCACUGUUGGAUGUUGAGACAAGCCAGGUGGAAUACUUGCUUGAUGCAAAGGAAGGGAUUCAGGUAUGCACGUUUGGCACACAGCACUGGACGGCGCCGUACGAUGGCAUCAACCCUCCCCCAGCGACUCUCAGCCCAGACAGCUUGUCCCCCGCUGACGAGAAAGCUAGGUCUUCUGCGGCAUUUGAUGCAGCAGCAAAUAUCCCCAGCUCUGCUUCGUUUGACGAGGAUACAAAUCCGGGAUCAUCUUUGUACAAGGCAUGCACCCUGGCAGAAGUGCUCCCAAGGAACAGGGAGAGAGUGCGAAGUGUGGACCCCAAAUUGACCGCGACAAUCCAGGAGGUUCUCUCACUGGAAAUUGGGAAUGAUAACGAGAAGGUAGACACGUCAGACGUGAGUGUCACAGACUUAUUCAUGGACGAGAUGGUGGCACUACAAGCCCAGAUGCCAUCAGGCGAAAUGUCUCCCUCCCCAGCUGAGCGCAAACCGUCCUUAGAAAAUGUGACCAAAGUGGAGCCCAUGCAGAAUGGCUUUCCUGCCCAAACUGAAACCACGGAUCUUACGGCAGGUUCUCCCGUCAGGCCCGACCACAAUGAGAGCAAUAGCCAACUCGCAACACCCGAGAGCAAAGUUGGUACUGGCAAGUCCAGGCCCAAGGAUCUGAACUUAGCGGGGCCCGGUGCGAAACCUUCUCAGGAAUCCGAUAGUGCCUUCUCGGGUAGCAAUUCCCCUGUCUUGGAUUCUAACACCUACAUCGGAAUGAGUAACAGUGUUGGUGGUGGUGCCCCAAAAAGUGAUAUUGAAAGCUCUCAGAAAGGGUCACAAGUGGCCAACUGGCUGCAAGCUCUUGGUGAGGACACCAGUAGUGCCAGCUUCAUCGAAAAUCUCUCGGAUGACAAGAGGAGAGAGGCACGAUUCAGCCUGGCCGGCCAGGAGUCAACUGAGAAGGAUGGGGGAGAUGAGCCUUGCGUCUUCUGGGAGUUCGACUCGGACAUUGAGUUCUCCCCCAAAGGGGGCCGGCCCAAGGGAGACUCGGCAGCGGGUGGGGAGGGCGUGGUCAACGAGGCCAGUCAGAUCCUAGAUGCCCUCGGUUUCAGUGCCCCAAAAGAUAUAACAUCGUCGCCGGCCAAUCGGCAAGCCAACUCUAGCAGCGGUGCCAAUCGCAGCCAACUGGAAUCUGAGACCACUGAAGCAGGCACCGAUGAACCCCUCAGUGGCUCCUUGAAUGAACAUCACUUUUCUGCGUUCAACUCUGCUGCUGGUGACACUCACCGAAGUCCAAAUGCACCAGGCACUUCAGCCCCAAGGGCAUCCUCAUCCCAGUCCCCCAAACCAAGGCAGCUUUUGAAGCAGGAAGCUUCGGCCAGGCCUCUGUACUCACCCAUUGGGAGAGCCAUCGGCAUACCAACAACAGGCCCCUUCAUGGAUGCCAUCUUUGCACGGCUAGAGACCAUGAUGGAGAACUCCUUCUAUGUCAACCUCCUCCUGACCGGCAUCAUCGCCCGGCUGGCCUACUACCCACAACCUCUGCUCCGCUCCUACCUGCUCAAUACCUCCAUGGUGUUCCAGCCCAGCGUGCGCUCUCUCAUCCAGAUUUUGACGAACAUCAGGAACAGGCUGGACCCCUACGCUGCCAGGGUGCCCGAGUUCAAGAGCCUCCUGGUCCGAGCCAAGGAUUACCUCUUCCUACGGGAGGAGGGUGACUCUGCCUACAGGGGGCGCUCUCUUAGUGAAAUCGUGGAUCCAGGGAAGUUGGGGAGAUCGAGGACUAGCUCACUGAGAACCCUAACCAAGCACAAGUCCACGUUUGACCAUUUCCUUCGUCGCGGCAACCGACGCAACAAGUCGCUGAGUGCUGCCGAGAAGCAGAAGCUGGCCAAGAUCAGUGAGGCUGGGAUGGCGCAGCCGGCCGCCUCAGCAGAGUACGAGUCACUCAAGACCCGCAAUGCCGUCUACUGCGCCGUGAUCUUUGACGAGUUCCUCAAAGAACUGGCAGCCAUCUCGCAAGAGCAAGCGGUGGCAUUCAGUGAACAAGAACUUGGGCUUAGAUGAGAGCUGUAGAAACAUUUUAAAGCUUUUGUUUUUACAAAUUUCAAUAUUUGGUUAAACAAGUUUUUUUACUGUGACUCAUCUUUUGGCAACAAUACCAAAAUGCACUUUUUUAUGUCUACUUUUUUACGAGCAGCUUUGCAGUUUUCAUGGUUAACACAAGGAUUUCUUCAUGGAGCACGACUAUACUAGGGAUGAUGACUUCAACUUGGAUUCAACUGUUCACAACAGUUUUUCCUGUUUACAACCAAAUGGAUUGGUGUCUACAUAGGUUAUGCUGAAAUUUCUUCUUUUCUGUCAAAUGAGCACCCUGACCGUAAAAGAAAGCUUGACGUUGUAAUCCUUGUAGGCUGAGCUUAGUAUUCAAAAGAGUGUUCUCAGCCAACAAAUUUACCCCCUCAGCGGCAAGGAGCUAAAAAGUUUCACUAGCUGCGUCAGGGAGAAUCACAAUGCAAGGGUCUGAGGUCCAGCAGCAUGCUGGGAGUGUAGUGGAUCCUGGAGAAGAGUCUAACUGCUUGCCCUAAGGUUACCACUGUGGAGAUUAUGAAGGUUUUGAAAGGCAGUGCAGUGCAGUAACCUUAUAUAGCUAGUGUGGACUUGUGAGCAAAAGGUGUCUUUAUAAUGCAGGAAGGGAAGAUGUUCUGUCUGUGGACGUACCCAUGCCCACAGGACGUUUCCCCUUCUUUGAAAAAAGUUUAGAGGCAACUUGCGGUUAGGGUCAUCAGUCGUAGAAGGCAGGAAAACAGUCGAGGAAAUAUUUUACAACAAUCCAGCUGCGAAUUGUGUUCAAAGUUCAAAGAAAAAUGAGCCUUUUCACCAAGUUAUCUUAACUGCAUAAGAAUAAGGGAAUGUCCACUAGGCAUGUUAUGUAAGUUCUCGUGUGUGCUAACUCCGCAGUUGGGGGUACAGAGCACAGAUUAUGGGUUGAGACCUAGAGAGCAUUAUUGCUCAAAAAUAUGAUUAUUUAACCUACUGAGAAAGUGAGUGGUGCCUUACCAGUACCAGAAGGUUAUGUUGUGUGUUUUGGCCUGUAGUUUUUAUCAUAUACCAGUAAAUUCUGGUGAGACGACAGAAUGUUAAGAGUUUUCGAAGGGUUAAACUGGAUUCAAGACAUUCCGGUAAUAUCUAUACACAAUUUGAAUGUAGUACAGAAACAGAAAUUGCACUCAGUUCUUCUGAUUUCAUUCCAUUCAUGUUUUUUGGUAUAGAGGAACUAUUCGUGCCAAAUUAAUCUUUCUAUAACAUUUGGGUACAGGAAACUUACCAGUUUCUGAAAAGAGAGUCGUAUAUAUUCCAUGGUAAACUCAAGGUCAUAGAUGCAAUGUUCUGAUAAGAUAUGGGUGUGGGUUUAAUCAAAAUUGGCUUAAAGGAUUGUGGGAUUAGCUGUAAACCAACUGAGCUAGUAAUUCUCUUUUUUUGUGUGUGUUGGUGAUGAGUUGUACCAGCACAGUCGCGUGUGAAACGAUGAGCUGUCCGGCCUGAGUCAUUAUAAAUUGAACAUGAGAUGUGGUGCAGUUGGAAUUAAGCCAUUAAAAAAACCCAAAAAACAGAAAGUGUGAUCUGAGCCUUGGCUUUCCACUGUUGUGAGUGAUUUGAUCACCCGGUUUGGACCUUUUUUAGGAGGGCGAUAGGCAGGGUACACUGGUGGGAACAAGAACGCUUGUAAACAGGCAGCCGUCAUUUCUCGGACGUUUUCUGUUGCCUCGUUCAUUCCAUGCACGACAGCCAGUCAUUUGGCCAAUCAAGUUAUGGCAUCAAGAAAUUGAUGCUCAUUUCGGGCCCUUUUUAUUAACAUUUAGAUUUUACACAUGCACUAAAAAAAAUUGUAUGUGAAUCAAGUGAGCGCAGCUGGGUAUAGCAUAAGUGUGAUGGGCCGCCAAUUAGCGACUUCCAUCGGCAUACUUGUAAUUACCAGCCACCAGCCAUGGUAAUGGAUGUGGCUUAUGUAUCUUGAUGCAUCACAGCAAUAGCGCCCCCAGGUGUCUAGACAAGUUUUGAAAAAGUAGCAUUUCUCUUGAAUUUUUGGUAGAAAUCGAAGACCCUGUUAUUUUUUGCCCUGCAUUAAAACAGGACAGAACACAUCUUUUGUGACAUUUCAUUUCACAGGCCCUCCACUUCUUUUCAAAAGGGCAGCCAACGCAAACUGUCGUAUGCCAUUUAUAAAUAGCAACUCAUGAUUUACUUCCCUUUCUUUAUUUGAGAAAAUCAAAUUGAAAGGUAUGUUUGCUACUCUGUACUUCUGUUUCUUUGUCAAAAUGGAUUUAGAAGAAUUUUCAAUCAGGUAAAUUUCUGCUGUAAAAAUUAAAGCUUACCUCAAAAAAAAAAUUGCUACAAGUUAUAACGUGAUUCAAGAAAUAUAAUUUUUGAAACACAAUGAUAAGUGUGUGACAUUUGUAAUUUCCCAAACAUUUCCAAUUAGAAAAAUUCUUGCACUACUGAAUCGUGCAUGCACAUUGUAAAUUUUGUUAAGAUGUACAGAAAAAUAAGGACAGGUAUUAGAUUUUCGUUAAACAAAAAAGUGUAAAUAAAAGGGAAAUAGAUAUACGAGAAUUAAACAUGGGAGAGAUUAUAUCUGAGAACUUGAAGAAGUCAAGUCCAGUAUUACAUGUCUGCAUUACAGUUCAUAUAUUGAGUAGCGUAGAGUUUUUGUGAAAUUAGUGAUUUUUCCGUUCUUUCUAGCACUUUUAGACUAUAUUUUAAGCUUAUAGGCAGAGGGAGUAAUUUUUGGAAUCUGACUUUUAACUCUUGUAGAAUGUAAGAUAAGUGUAAAUAUUUUUCGUAAAGAUUUUCAAACGUGAUUGGAGAAAUGAUAUUUGGGUAUAAUUGUUUUACAAAAUAUAAGUAUAUUUUUUACAGAUUCAACUGGAAAUUUUAAGAAUAAGACUGACCAGUGCUCGUGUGUGUAGUUUUUGAGCCGGAAAACAAUUAUUUGCCAUUUGGGUUAAAAAAAUUGCAGGAAUAAAACACCAGUCAAUAUCUCCCCUCCCCUGUUGCUUGGCCAUGCCCUAUGUUGGGCUUUAGUCUUGGUAGGGGUCCCCGGGUAGAGAUUUUUGGUCACAUCAAAAAUCUCAGUCUUCAUGUUUUAGGCGAGGCAGCCAUGGGAAAGGGGGUUGAUAAAUGAUAGGUGCACUAUUCUUGUCUUUAAUAUGGAAAAUGUUGUAUUUGAUAUUGUUUUGAGUGAAAUCCUGUUUUUGAGUUUCAUUUGAUAAUACCCCUUAAAGUUUCAUGAUUGUCUCAAGAAUCUACAAGAUCUUCCACUUUUCAGGAAAUCAUUUGCACUUUGUACUUAAAUCUUCGAGGAGCGUCAAACUACAUGUAUUUAUAGAAACCUAGCUCCUGGGAAAUAUCCUCUUAAAACCUCCUGGUGAAUUUGGCAGGAUCUGGGAGGGUCAGGGUCCAGACUGAUCUGUUCAGAUUCUGGAAACACACCGCAAUUUGUAGGAACUCCUUCUUCCUUCCGGGUAAAUUUGAUAUCAGAUUUGCAGCUGGACGUGUGAUCAUUUGUUGCGUUACUCGCAUUCUGUUGAUCAAAGAUAGAUUUUGCUUUAUAUCAACCUC